CCCAAAUCAGCCGCCGGCGCCGGCGCCUCAAUCUCCCGACCUCACUUUCUUCUCCACCCGCCGCCCCAAAUACAUCCUCCCCUCCUCCCCUCCCGCGCGCCGCCACCUCUCGGCACCACUGAGGGCACCCGCAGCUCGGCCACCCUUCUUCCCCCCUCUUCCUCCAUUACUCAUCUUCUUCUGUUUGCUCACCUCCUCAAUCCUUCAAUAUAUCCACUGCUCGUCUACUCACCUGCAGAUCUGGGGAGUGCCAUCCUCAGGAGAGGAGCUCGAGCGCGCAGCAAUGGCCGCCUCUGUUCCCCCGCCUGCAAAGAGAAGGAAGGAGGAUCCAACGCCCUCUCCGCUCCUUCCGGCCGCAGGAUGGUCCGCCCUCCCGCCGGACCUCGUCCGCCGCGUCGCCGACUCCCUACUGGCCACCAAAUACCUUGACUGCUACAUGGACUACCGCGCCGUCUGCUCCGGCUGGCGCGCGGCCACCGACGACCCCAGGUCAGGGUGGACGACACGAGCGGUCUUUCGGACCGGCUCGUGGCCCGCUCGGUCCGGGCCAGCUCGGUCCUAGCUCGAUGGAAAAAACAGCCGGUCCGAGCUGCAGAAUCUGGCCCGAAAGUUUGUCGGUCCGGUCCGGGCUUUCACCGAGCCAGCUCGCAGGACCGAGAAACCGAAGCAUCGGCGUGGCGGGAGCGUGGCGGGAGCAUGGCGGCGGCACGGUGAGCAACGAGUGGGGCGUGGCUGGGGCGUGCGGGCGGCAUGGCGGGGGCGUGGCGGGGCUGUGGCGAGUGCGUGGCGACCCAGGCAUGGCGGGGGCGCAAGAAACUGUCGCCGUUCAUGUCCGCCGCCGCGGGGGCCGUCGUCCGCGCGGCCACUCGACUCGCUGGCCCUGGAAACUAUGUCCACUGGACGCACCCCACUCGGAUCUGUCGUAUGCACCAACGAAAACGACAUGGGAGGACCUGCAUCGCCACAUCGGGCAUCAUCUUUUUCAUCUCCGUCCACCGGCCGUCGUGCCAAAUUCGUCGCCGAUGAGCUCGCUCUGGUGAUCUUCUUGGCUCCUCUAGCUCCCUCUGACUCUUCCAAAGCUGCCUGACAUCUCCACAUCGAGCUCCGCUGCCUCCAGCGCCCUCCCCGUGUCGCCAUGCUCCGGCGCGUGCUCUGUGGUGAACUCCGGCCGGUCCAAACGAGCCGCUCGGUCCGGCUCGGGCUUCGUCCCUGCCGGUCCGGUCCCGGAAAACAGGACCGUGACGCUGCUCGGUCCGGUCCGGUCCGGACCGCCGACGGCCGGUCCAAAGGACAGCUCGGUCAGGGACCGGACCGGCCCGGACCGUGUCCACCCUGAACCCCAGGAGCGACGCCACCGACCCCCGCUUCCGCCCGCGCCGCUGGAUCGUCCUCGACGAGGUCUUCCCGAGCCAAGGAAAGAUGCUCCUGUUGAAUACCGACUCCGGCCGCUUUCUCCACAGAGAACUCCCGCUGCUCAACGACCACCAUAUCGUGGCAACCACUCGCAAUGGCUACCUGGUCCUGGCAGACAAAAGCCCUCCUCACGCGGCCAGCGUCCUCAACCCUCUCACCGGCGUUGUCAUCCGUUUCGUGGCGCCGGUGCCCAGCGAGGUGGGAUCCGCCGCUGUCGUCUUUUUUGACCAUGCUUCGCUCGCCCUCACCUUGUUCUGCGAUUCAUCUCACAAUAUUUACACGGCCUGCCGCGACAAAAUUGGUUUUUUCGUCCAGGAGGUUCCGGGACCGGAAGCAUAUUACGAUAUACUCCGUAAGGCGCUACUGCUGGAUGGUGUUUACGCAGACAUGUUUGAUGAAUCGACAUUUGAGGGCGUGGUUGAUGAUUUAUGCAGUUUGCUUCAUGAGGUUGUCAUGUUUUUCUCUGGUGGUCUUCCAGAUGUAAACGACCUCAAAUGGUUUCCAUUACUGUGUUUGGAUAGCCAUAUGUUGCUUGUCGUGAGUACAAAGGGAUCAACCUUUGUUUUUAAAAAGGACAUCAAGAUAGGUAAGCUCGUGGCUUUGGACAACAUCAACAACUAUGCCAUCUUCAUUGGACAUCAGAGGUGCCUGGCCAUUGAUGUCGAUAAGUUCCCAGGCAUUGAGGCAAACUGCGUCUACUACACCAAAAUUCUGGGUUUGUCUGCUCACAUCUGCAAGUGCAACAUCAAGGACAGGAAAGUAGAGAGGAUAUCUGAAGCUGCAGAGUUUGUGAAGCAGGGCAAACAGUUUGUCCUUGUUGUCGACCGCCCUUUCACGAUCAUCCACCUUCUCUCCAGCUACACCAUCAACAUCCCGGAGUCUCAACUCGCCUUGCAACAGAUUCCAUAAGACGCCAGCAGAUCUUCGUCCAACUUUGCAUUGGGGAGAUUGAUCUUGAUGAUCGACCGGCAAGGCUAUUCUUUUGCGAAUUAAUUGUUCCUGUUUUCUCUCUAGUGUUUAUUGUUUUGUUAUUUUGGUUAUGCCUUGCCAUGUUAUCCUGGGUUAGAUCAUUUUUAGUGGAACUACUGUUUGCUGUC